AUGUCUCCCGCAUCGACGCCCGAAUCCCCCUCGCCUGAUGCCACUCAAACUACGCCGGGGACCUCGAACAGCGGCAGUCAAGGUUCAGGCUCCGCAGCUCGUCGGCCGCCUCGGAAGAGUACUCUGACCCAGCAACAAAAGAACCAGAAGAGGCAGAGGGCGACACAAGAUCAGUUGGUGACGUUGGAAUUGGAGUUCAGCAAGAACCCAACUCCCACUGCUGCCACUCGCGAACGGAUUGCUCAGGAGAUCAACAUGACCGAACGGUCGGUCCAGAUCUGGUUCCAGAACAGCCGUCGCCGAGCCAAGAUCAAGAUGCUCACGAAGAAGACGCUAGAGACAGGUGAAGACUGUGACAACAUCCCCGAAUCUCUGAGACAGCUGCUGGCCAUGCAGGCCAUGGAGGCUGGCAGACCAUUCCCUCGACAGUUGCUCGGUCGUCAAGGUGGGCCGAUGGCUCACUAUGGAGGCGGUGGCAUGUUGAUGAAUGGUGAUCUCACAGGCCAGGGCAAAACUGUCAUCCAACAUCUCACCUGUCGCUCUCUGAGCAUCGGUACCUGGCGUCGAGUGGGCCAAAACGCCAUGGACCUGGUUAUCUUCUACUCUCCCGACAAGGCCUGCAUCACAUACUACAUCAACAAUGACUCGGCAGGCUACAAGAUCGAAUACCCCUUCGCCUAUAUCAAGAGCAUCCAUUUGGAGCCCGGUGACACGGUGCCCAAUUCGAACGGAUCUCCUGCGCGGCUCGGCGGGCUGGUCAUUGAAUUGACUCGGCCACCCAACUUCUUCAUGGACUCUUCCGGAUCUGGAGGUUUCUACCAAUGUGGUGACUUCACCGAGGAUCAACAGGCCUCGCAAAUUCUGAGCCACCAGUUGGGAGGUCACCCUAAGGUGUUGAGCGGCCAAUUAGCGAAAUUGGUUUCUCUCGACUCAUUCCAGAACCGCCACAACCCAUUCGACAUGGGUGCUAUGCCAGCAUCGGCGCCCGUUUCGCCCACCAUUGGUAUUGUUCGACCUGCAUCUCAACCUUCCGUGCAAUUUGCUCGCCCGCAUCCUCCUCAUGUCGGCAUGUUCCAAGAACAAUUUGGCGUCCAUCAACAUCUCCACCCUUCUCGUAUGCACCCGGGACAUAAGCGACAACGUAGUCGGUCAGUUCCCAUCGCGCUGGACUUCUCGAUGCUGCAUGGACCAAUGCCCACCUUCCAUGUGCAACAUCCGUCACCUCAACUUGGGCCGGACAACCAUAACCUAUUUCAGCCCAUGCCACAGCAACCCGUCCAGACCCCCCUUGGCCCGACGUUGCAAAUUGACACAUCGGCCGGUUAUGGCAUGGACUUCCGUCAAAUGCCCAUGUCGGCGACGGCGACAUCGCCCUCAGAGUUCGCUAGUCCUGGCUUCUUCCCCUCCAACACAGCUCAUGCACCGAUGUCAUCCUCCGAGUUUGGUACACCUCAGCAAUAUAAUGUACCGUUUCUCUCCCCGUCCCCCAUGGUCGACCACCAUAUGAUGGCCAACUCAAUGUCUCCGUUGUCUCAUAUGGGUCACCAUGAUCCCGUCAUUGCCGAUCACUCACCACCACUGUCGGCAAUGCACCGAAGUGCGUCGGCAGACAUGUUCAGCAUGGGUCAUCAUGAUCACACAGGCAUGAUGGACGAGACUUUGAUGUUGGGCGAGAUGUAUUCGAAACAGAAUCUCAACAUGCCCAUGCCUAGUCCCGGAUUCGACGAAAGCACCAUGGCAAUGAUGAGUGAAAUGUCCGACUUUCACACGCCAAGGGAGCACAUGGACAUGCCAAUGACACCAUUUGGUACCAUUGAUCCCAACAACCUGCAAGGUGGUCUACACUAA